AUAGGGUGCGCCAGAUGCGCCAAAAUAGGUGCACCAGAUUCACCAGAUGCACCAAAAUGGGUUUCUCUCUUUUUUCAAAAUGCUUACUUGCGAAAUCUGCCAGUUAUCAUUCACUACCUUGAAUUCUCUUAAAAGUCAUAAGAGAGAUCAACAUUCGUCAGCUGCUCAUAUUAUACUUGAGAAUGGUGAAUCUGCAACGAUUUUUAGAGAAAGUGGCAGCUCAAAAUUCAAAUGCUUUUGUCAAAAGUAUUUUGAAACAGUCCGUGGCCUUCAACGUCACUACAAUAGAAACAAAUGCGCAGGUACUGACAUUUCAGUUGGAUUAAGUUUGUAGUAUGCACUAAUUUUUUUCCAUAGCACCGGAAAGUUUGGAUUUUUCUCAAGAUCCUCUACUGUCAUCAACACCAUCAACUUCAAGCAAUAUUAACGAUGAAA